GCACAACAGCGGACAAGUUGUAAUCUAAUUAUCCUAAAACAGCCCGGUCAAGACAAAACCACCUGUUUAGCAUCAAACUGUUACAGUAACACUAACAACUGUAACAAGUGUUCAUGGCAAAAGGCAAAUUCACUAAACAAAAGCUUAAAUCCCGUUUCACUAAUGAUAUGAUUUGUGAUUUCUUUUCCACUCCAGUUUAAAGAUUUAACAUAAAUAAAUUGUCUAUUUUCAAAAGCACAAUCGGUACCGCAAUCAAACAAUCCAUGAGCUGCUCUUCUGAUUGAUUUCAUUUGCUUCUCAAAUCAAACUCUGGCUCAACAAUGCUUUAGGUUUAAUGUGCAGCGCAUGUCGCUGGAACCCGACAGACUGUUUAUGAUUUGGUGCAAACACACUGUAACUGGAUGUGGACGUACCUGCGUAGACUCACCUGGGCCGUGUUCCUCAGGAUUUUUCAGUGUUUUGCUACAUUUCCAUCAUUGUUUAUUUUGAGUGAAUGUUGAUAUUGUGUUGUUGGUUAUAUUUGAAUGAAUCAUCAGUAGAACUAUGAAGGCAAAUGAUCUGACCCAUCAUUUCUGUGAUCAGUCCAAAGCACGUUUACCUGAAGCAAACACACAAACGUUUACAUGUAUCACAUGUGAGCGGCAGUAAGGUUGUCUGUUGAAACACCACAUAACAGAAACAGAAAAACAGAAAAAGCGUGUGACAUUAAUGACACACACACUUGUAUUUUUCCAGAACUUCACUCCACUCGCCACAUUUCCAUCAGUGGAUGUUGACAUUGGAGAGUCAACCAAUUUGAAUAACGACUUGAAAAUCUUUGAAUAUAAAGUCACUUGUGAUGUAGAAAAUAAUUCUCUGACCCAUUCUCUGUUGUAAAUAAUCCACAUGAACAACAAGGUUGAACACUCAUACUGUACGUAGUGUAUUAUAUGUAUCACAGACAUUUGUUUCAGUGAGUACAUUGUUGGCUUAGUUUCUUCAGGCUGCAAUGCUGCGUCAGUCGCCUCAUUAAGUCUGUGUCAUUCAAAGUUCAUCAUCAGAGCCUGAUGCUAAUUUGCAUUAUAGUAUAAAACGCCCUUAAACAGUUGUAGUGAAACACUGAAGAGGAGCGAGAGGUUGGGGAACAAACCUUUGCCUGGUAAGAAGAAAACUUAUUUAAUUUAUGAUUUAAUCCAUUAAUGUUCCAACCGCUUCCAUUGGCUUUUAUGAGACUUUCCUUCAAUUUGCAGCCUCACUAUCACAGUGUGGAAGAAGCUUUUAAUAUUUGUGACUGAAUGCAGACGAAGCAGCUGAUGUGUGACAGAAUGUGCCUCCUGUGGACUGACUGACCGCUGGAUCUUUGUUUUAGCCACAGUUAUAUUCAACAUGACCACGACACUGAUUGCGAUCCUCUUCCUCACAGUGAGAAGAAGACGUGGGAGGAAGCCCAGACCUACUGCACGACACAGUACACAGCACUGGCACAGAUAGACAACAUGGAGAACCUCACCGCGAUGCUGAGCAGCUCACCCUCCGGCUACACGGGCAGGGCCUGGAUCGGCCUGACGGCAUCGAUGACCUGGACCUGGGAGGACGGACGGCCGGCAUCGUUCCUCCACUGGAUGGUCGGUCAGCCGGACAAUUUGAGUGGCAGUGAGCUGUGUGCAGUAAUUCUAGGUGGCUUUUGGAUGGAUGUCAGCUGCUCACUAACUAACGCUCCAGUCUGCUUUGAUGGAACAAGCAUCAUUAUUGGAAGCCCCAUGACGUGGACCAAUGCAGACGCCUACUGUAAAUCCAGGGCUUCAAGUCUGGCUGAAAUACCUGAUGAUGCAAUAAAUGCUGCCAUCUUUUUAAAGAUGACCACCAGUGUAACCCUGAAGGCCUGGAUCGGCCUCAGAAAAACUCAGCUAUGGCACUGGUCAGACACCAGUCAAAACUACACCUUCAGAAACUGGGAACCGGGUCACCCUGACCACAGCGGAGGACAGGACUGUGCAGCCGUAGCCGUGACGAAUGGAUCCUGGACGGACGAGCAGUGCAGCACACAGUACCCCUUCUUCUGCUACGACGUUUAUAAAUCAUGGUCAGUAGUGGUGAGGAUGACAAUUCAGUCCGAAACAAACUUAGGAGAUCCUGCUUCUAGUGAUGCUGUCCUGCAGCAGUUGCAUGUAACAUUUGCUAAUGGCGGUGUGACUGACCUUAAGCUGACGUGGAAGAUAGAGCCAGUGGAGCAGAUGCAAGAGAGGCUGACCAGUAAAGACCAUUUUUGUUUGUGGAUGCUGUGAAAACCACUGCAGCAAAGAUGCAUGAUGGAGAUGAUGGGACUGGGAGAAGCUUGACUGGAAACAUCCCCAGCAGACACACAACCGACCUUCAACAUUAAAAUAUGGUUGAAAUAAUGUCAGUUAUUGUGGCGUUGAUGCUAUGAUGUGCCAUGAAGCUAUGUAACGUUGACAGCAAGAUGUUGAAAUAACAUUGCCCCAUCAGUGUUGAUUCAGUUUUCAAAUCAACACAUAAUCCAACGGUCAUUCAACCGUAAUCAUGAUGUUGAUUCAACUAUGAUUCAACGGUGAAAUGCCUGCUGGGUCAGAUGUUUGCAACAUCUUUUUUUAUCUUUGACUUUUUGUGGCUUUUGUGUGAAAUAAGUUGAAUUUAUAAAUUUCAAUACACAUUUAUAAAUGAAAAUGUAAAAAAUAUGAACAUACACAUUAAUACAAUGGUAUUGUAGAUGUCAUUAGAAUAAUAUAUUUUAUUUAAUAUAUCCUUUUAUGUGUUGUUUAUUAGAAUUUAGUGAUGUACCAUCAGUUUUAAAGUUAAUAUUUAUUUUAUUAUUUAUUCCUGUUUUAGGCAUUAUUAUUUAGGUUAAGUACAAUAAAUGAGAAGCGCAUUUGAACAACAUCAGUGCUUUUAUGUUUUCCUGUAUUUUCCUGAGAAGCACACAGAGUUUUACUGUCCAGACUCUGCUGUUCAUGGGUCAAACCGAGCAGCGAGUGGCCGUUCAGCUCAGUGAAUGGGUGAAGGUCAGGAGAACUGGAUGCCUGAGCCAUUCACACAAACGGCCUCUUCUUUAGCAAUACAUCGCCCAGCGUAUGACACAUUUGCAAACAGUAAGCAAAGGCUGCCAAGUGCUGCUUUGUGUAAGGUUUGCUUGUCUGCUGUCAUCUGUCCUCCUCUCCUUCCUCUGCAUAAUGAAUAGUUCAGUGUUUUCUUUAGCAGCUGUGCAGUUGGUUAUAGCUGCUUCUAGCCUGACUUUUCUCCCUGUCACAAUAAAGUAUUUAAGCUGGGGGUAAAUCCAAAGUGGUGGUCAUAAAUUGUGGUCCACGAUUGUUCAAGAACAGAACAGAACAACCACAAAAUAUGUGUAGUACUAUCUGUGGUAGAGAACUUACAAUGUGAAACAGCACCAUUCAACCCUGCUUAAGUUACUAAAUCAUUUCUGAAUUAACUUUCACAAGUAACUACAGCUUGCAUUAAAACAACACAGUCAACAGACUCCACUGUGGAGACAAAGUGCAAAUAUGUCUUUUGCAUAUGACUGUAUGAUGAAUAAAAAGGACAAUAGAGACGACAGCAGGGACAUACGAUCUGGAGCCAGAGAGAUGAGAUCCCGAUGUGAAGAACUAGUGCAAUACUAGAUAUCCAUUUUUUUUCAAGAUUGGUGAGUAAGGAAUUUUAUUUAAAAUGCGGAAAUAACACAAAAGAGCGAUGACAUCAAAUUAUGUCUGUCUAAAAAAAAUAAAAAAACGCUAAAUAAGAAAAAAUUGCACAUUGCACUCUAUUCACAAAUUGAUGUAUAAUUUACUGGUCUGCAACAGGACAGAUGUAAUGUGAACAAGCUCCUGUAACAAACUGCAUAUGAUCACACACUCGUCCAAUAACUUGACAAGCUGAUGGCUACUUAGAAAGGAAGAUGGAGUUACAUUAACGUAUUUUCAAUGACUUUGAAGUGGAUUCAUGAAGUUGGAUUAGGUGUAAUAUUUACCCUUUUAUUGCUUUCAGUUCAACCAGGCAUGAGUUCUCUAACGACUCUA